AGGAUGAGGAGGUAGGAGAAGCCAAGAUUCAUUCUGAAGAAGAAGAUGAACAACCGGGGAAAGACGACGAUGGCCUUGAUGGUAAGCUUUUUGAAAUUGAAACACGUUUCCAUUUAUUUUAUCUUAGCAAGUUGAACUUGAAGUUGUGCACUGAGCACGAUUGUGUAAAAACAAAGACCCACUUCUUUUAGCUAUGAACACUCUGAAGAUUAUAAGUUAAUUAUCAAUUUUGAUCAGACUUUAUCGACGACGCAAACGCUGAUGACGACGAUGAUGAGGAUGUCGAUAUGGGAGACGCUUUUGAUACCGG